AUGGGUAACUCAGAAAGUACUUUACAAAGAGAAGAAAAACGUAUUCUUCGUCAGCCGCAACAAGGUGAAGUAAGCGAAUUUUACUGGGCCUGUCGAAACGGAGAAGCCGAGCGUGUUAAAGAACUCCUGCAAACGAUUCCAUAUGACGACCUCAACCGCCUUGAACCAAAUGGUAGUACGCCUCUUCACGCAGCGUCAUACGCCGGCCAAGCUGAGGUAGUUCGUCUCCUUUCAUACGAACGUGGCUGUCGACGAGAUCGCCUUAAUCUUCACGGUCUCACGGCAUACGAAGAAGCUGCGUCCGAAGAAAUCCGUCAAUUGUUUCACCGACCGAAUGGCAAGAAUCGAUUUUGUGAGGAUGAGAGUGACAAUGAACCGCUGGCAAGUCAAAUCUUCAAAGUCACGACAAAAGAGGAGGCGGAGGGAGACGACGAUGUUGAUGAUGACUUUGUUGGGGAUCAGUGGGUAGCAGACUUGCGAAGUAAAGAUCAAAUAGAAGAUGCUAAACAAUUCGAUGCAGCAGCCAAAGCAAUCUCUCAGUCUAAAAUUACAAUGGCAGUUGCGAAGAUGCUUGAUAAAGAAAAUGACCUACACACAUGGAUGAACGAUGUACGGACACUGAUCCAUCAUGAAGUCACGGAAGCACAUCCUGAGUUUGAAAAAUGUAUCUCUCUCCUCGAAAAAGGCUUGAAAGAGAAAAGACCUGAACCUCUACUUCGUCUUUAUACACUUGAAACUCCAUUUUAUAAGGCAUUAGCGACUUAUUCUUCCAUCCCUCUAACGUUGCCACUUUACGGAUUGUUGGAUAAAUUAAAACCCCGCCAUUUUCAUGGUACUUCUUAUCGCGGCCUGAAGAUGACUAGUGAAGAUUUGCGUCCUUAUCGAUGGGCUUUGAAGAAAAAAGGAACUGUUUCAACACAGACUUUUUGUUCAACCUCAUUGGAUCGAUCUGUGGCCGAACGAUUUGCUGGUACAAGUACUGAUGAAAAACAAAGUGUCCUAAUGAUCUUUACCUUUCCUACAAAAUGUGACACAGCAAUCAAUCUUGGAAAACUCUCCGAAAAACUUCCGUGCAUUUCCGAAUAUGAAGACGAAGCAGAAGUACUUGUGCUGGCUUCCACAUUAUUUAUUGUUAACCAAAUGGAUACAGAAGCGAGACCCAUGACAGUUCACUUGGAGAAUGUAGAGGUUAAAAGAAGAAAUUUGUUGUCUUCGUUAAAGUAUAUCUAUGAUCAAAGUAAGAAGCAGCACUGGUAA